ACUCCACGCAUCUUGCACGCUUGACGAUCGAUUUUCCCGCCAACCGAGGAUCGUUAUAGAGAUACCAGGCUGAGUUGAAUUGGAUAUGACGAUCAUGGCACAAAAGCCGAUGUAACGCAUGCGCUCGGAGUCGCCACGCUUCCUCGUCAUGGCAUGUCCACGCUACUCCCAGCUAACAGGUUAAAUGGAUGAGGGCGUAAGGGUGUAUAAAGGUGAGAGCUUCACUUGCGCGAGGAUACGCGUCAAUCACGCUCUUCCGUACAUCUCAGCGAUAAGAUGUUUUCCAAGGCUCUCUGGGCAUCGGCGUUGGUGGCCACGACCCAAGCUGUUACUGUCAAGGUUGCUUCCUCGGGAGGCAAUGCUACUAGUCCCUAUCAGUAUGGCAUCAUGUUUGAAGACAUCAACAACUCUGGUGAUGGCGGAGUGUACGCUGAGCUGAUCCAGAAUCGGGCUUUCCAAGGCAACACCAUCGAUCCAAGCAACCUCAACUACUGGAACGCACUAGGAGGAGCUGACCUCAAACUUCGAAACCUCUCCAAGCCACUAUCCUCAGCACUACCAACUUCGAUGCAAUUAUCUGCUGGAAACGGCAACACCCGUAGCAGUACGAUUGGCUUCUCGAAUGUGGGCUUUUGGGGCUUUCCAGUCGUAUCCUCGUGGGAGUAUAAGGGGUCGUUCUACGUCUACGGCAGCCUGGAUACCAAUAUCACUGUCUGCUUGACCUCCUUAAGCAACGAAGCGUACGCCGAGGCUCAUGUUGAAGUGAAGUCAACCUCAUCGGAAUGGACCCAGUACCACUACACGUUCCAGCCAACUAUCGAUGCGCCCAACAGCAACGCGACACUCAACUUCACAUUCCCUGUGUCAGAUCUCAGCAGUCCGGUCAACUUCAAUCUGCUCAGCCUUUUCCCGCCCACCUACAAGAGUCGCGAGAACGGCCUUCGCGUUGAUCUCAUGGAAGCCAUGUCUGAUCUCAAACCGAAAUUCUUCCGUGCUCCAGGUGGCAACAAUGUCGAGGGCAACUCUGCACCGUACUGGUGGAACUGGACUGAGACCAUCGGUCCACUCACGAACCGUCCAGGUUUCCCUGGAACUUGGGGCUACGAAAACACCAAUGGCCUCGGCCUGAUUGAGUACAUGCUUUGGGCUGAAGACCUGAAGAUGGAGCCAGUUCUUGCAGUUUGGUCUGGCUUCUGGCUUUCAGGUCAAGCCGUGCCAGAAGACGAACUGAAAACCUACGUCAACUCCGCUCUGGACGAGCUUGAAUUCUUGAUGGGCGAUGUGUCGACCAAAUGGGGAGCUUACCGAGAGUCGCUGGGCUAUGGUCCAUUCCAAAUCAACUUCGUCGAAGUCGGCAAUGAGGAUAGCUUGAAUGGUGGUGCACCAACGUAUGCUGCAUAUCGCUUCAACGCAUUCUACGACGCGAUCAAAGCCGCAUAUCCACAUAUGACCAUCAUUGCGUCCUUCUAUGACGUGGAUGGCGCAACUCCUCCAUUUGACGCGGCAGGCGACUUCCACGAGUACGCCAUUCCGAACCAGAUGGCCAAACAGUUCGGUAAAUUCGACAACUACACUUCCGAACACCCGCUCUUACUGGGCGAAUAUGCGGUGAUAGAGUACAACCAGCCCCACACUACCGGACCUCAAUGGACUCCCGGCGCUCCUCGUGCCUUCACACCGUUUUGGUACGGGUCGUGCGCCGAGGCCAUUUUCCUCCUCGGUGCCGAGCGUAACUCGGACAAAAUCAUUGGGGCCUCGUACGCUCCUGGCUUCCAGAACUUCAACAGGUGGGAGUGGAUUCCAGAUCUGAUCGAAUUCGAUGCCUACCCAGGUCACACCACUCUUUCGACAUCUUAUCAUAUGAUUAAGCUGCUAGCAGGAACUCUCAUCACGGAGAAUCUGCCAAUGACCAUCAGCGACGGUGGCUUUGGCCCGGCUUUCUUUGUUGCUGGCCGAAACAGUGUCACCGGCUCCCACAUCGUCAAGGCCGUCAACUACAACAGUACAGGAAGCACGCAAUUCAGUUUCUCCUUUGAGGGCGUUGGUAAAGGUGCUACAGGUAACUUGACCUAUCUCACUGCGCCGAUGAACGCUUCCAACCCGAUCGGUGGCAAUGUCGUCCAAAGCCACGGGUCGUCUGUCACUGCUAGCCACGAUGGGGUCUUUCAUUUCAAACUGCCUGAGUACAGUAUCGCUGUUCUUGAGAUUGGAGCGGAGUCUGCGGGCGAGGGCUACAAUUACAGCGACCCUGGUAAGAGGCAGGGGUGGAAAGGUUGGAAGAGCUGGGGUGGCCCCUUGGGGCACCACGGCAAUUAGAGUCUUUGUAGGUGGGGAGGUAAAGCCCCUAAUUAUGCGAUGACAGAUAUGUGAUUUGCAUAAGCCCAUUUGUACAGAAUACACGGCUUCAGGGCUUAUCAUGGUGUUGAGGUGCUUGUUGACAAAGUCGUACUCUCGGGGACGAAAGGG